AUGCUACACCGCUCGACCCUGGAAGAUGAACCGCGAUCGUUCCACCCCAGACGUCCCUCCGGCCCUAUCACAGAGCCCCCGUCUGGCCACCUCCCCCAUCGUCCAGACUCGCGCACCUCACGGCCAGCCUCGCGGAAUAGACUAGGGAACCCGUCCAAUGCAGGUACACCCGCGGGAUUGGGCAUGGUGUCGGAGAACGGGCCGGAUCGACCGGCCAUGUUGGCGCCAACAAGUCCCAUUAAAGAAGGAUUGGGAAGUCUGAACCGCUGGUCGCAGUCCACUGCAUCCAGCAGGAGUCCCUCAGAAUACAAUGGCCACCGUCGCGGUAGCUCCAAGAUGUCCAUCUCGAACCACAGUCCACACCAUGCCCCGGGGCUGAGUGAAUUGCCCGAAUUGAGCCUCCCAGAGCUAAGAGCAUCCGAGAUGUUUGCGACCGACCCAACCACCGCCCAUCUCGAUCUCUCCUUCACAGCGUCCAGCCAUAUCUUCCAGAACUCUUCCGGCAAUGACCCUCGAGAUUUGGGCAAUCUGCCAUCCUAUCAAGAACCGACCGUAAUGCGCACGAGUGAUGGCGCGACAUCUGCAGAUGGGGAAGGGGACGGAGAGAAUCGACAACAUGGACAAACACAGAAAGCAAUGCUAUCCAAAGCCCUACAAAAGGCGAAUACGGCUGUGCUUCUAGACAAUGCUGCAAAUUUCGAAGGCGCCAUGGAGGCUUAUACGGACGCCUGCCAGCUGCUGCAAUUGGUGAUGCUGCGGAGUAAUGGAGGCGAUGAGGAGAAGCUCAAACUCCAAGAAAUCCGCGAUACAUAUAUGAUCCGAAUUACCGAACUACAGCGCAUGGAUUUCCCCAUGCCAGAUGAUGAUGGCAAAGCGCUUCCCGAGCGUCCGUUGAGUCAAGAGUCCUACGGCGAGCUUCUGCAUGCCCCGCCUCUCGAUGACUUCCACAUCGACAGCCAACACAGCUCCGCCCAUUCCAGCCUAGGUCUUCAACCGGCCUUUGAAGAUUCAAGGUCUCUGCCUGCCGAGGCGAUCCCUCCCCGCCGUCAAUCGCUGCGACCAACUGCGCAAUCAGGCAGAACGACUCCUGCCGGCCUCGGGAACAAUCUGGCUGCAUAUAAUGGACAAUUCCUCGAACCCACGGCGGUGCAAGAGACCAACGAGUCAACCUCUUGGCUGGACACGAUUGACGAGUCCGGCGCGUCCUCUCCAUCAUCUGCAAACUCCAAGGCUUCGUCGGUGUACCUGCGCCGGCGGACCAGUCGUCGUCUUAGCACUGAUACCGAAGCCGAAUUCGAUGCAGCAUUGGACGCCGCGGUGGAGGCUGCAUAUGACGAGGGCCUCGAACCUGUGAUGGAAUAUAAGGAAGAAGAGAGCGAUGACAUCGUAGCUAAUGCGCGCAGAAAUAUUGAGCUGGCGAAGCAACGAGUACGAGAAGCUGAAUUGGAGGCCGAGGCCGCCAUGAACCGUGGUCGCGAGUUCCGCCAUAUUCAGGAACAACCCAUGAUGGACAAUGCCGUCGGCCGAAAUUCAGAGUACCUGGAUGAGGAGGCCGAGGAAGAAGAGCGUCUGCUAGAGGAGAUGACCAAGGGCUACGUAAUGGAUGAUUUUGAGUUUGGCAUUCAAUCCAAGUCUGCCUUGCCUCGAGAGUCGGACUCUAGCAAUAUGUCUGGACGGACCUGGGAAAGCUCGGCGGCAUCAAACGUCACUGGCACUGGCGGUGCGACGUUGUCCACGCUUACAGAGGAUGAUGAUAAUAUCCUACCUCCCAACUUGACGGACAGAAACCUAUUGCCAUCCUCUCCACCUACGGCGGCACUGCCUCCUAUCCCUGUUUCGUCUGAUUUCCCCAGUCUUCCACCUCACCGAGAAUCGUUGUCGGGACCUCCUCCGCUGCCUCCUACGGGACCUCCCCCUGUUCCUGGGGUACGGGCUCGAAGACUAUCGGGGCAGACUUCAAGUGAACUAAAGAUCGAGACAAACACACGUCCUCGUGGAGAUUCAACCAUCUCGAACGUCGAUCCCCUCACAAUUCCCUCAACGAGCCUACCCCCACCGCCUAUCCCCAAGGAUGAACCUACGCCAGACCCUCCUAGGUCUUCAACGCCCAGCUUCCGUGCCAAUCUGCAUCCAUCAAAACGCAACCCUUCCGUUGGCUCUGUCGUGGACAUCAACCUAGCCAAGGCUCGCACUCAUGAAGAUGAUGAGCCUGGACUUCCCCCUCUCCCUGCCUCUGCACGCCCAAUAGGCAAAGUCCCCUCUGCUCCAGAUGGCCUCGACAGGGUCCAUACCAAUUCCAAAUCCUUCCGCAGUCGCAACGUCUCUGUUCCUAUUCCGGACACCGCUCCUGGUUCUCCAACCACCCCAUGGAGUGGUUCAUUCCCAUCUUUGGAUACCCAGAAGGCCUCAAUGAUACCGAGUGUUCCCGUUCUGCCUACCCCAACGGCUGCACACUUCACGCAAAAUGGUCUUCCCACUGGUGGUCUCAACCUCUUCGACUGCAAUAUUCACUCUCCUACUGCUCUGGGGCGCCCGAACUCGCUCGUGAGCAAUGCCCCGCUCCCGCUAGAACCUUGUCCGGAGUCCUUCCUCCUCCGUCCGUUCUGGCUCAUGCGAUGCCUAUAUCAAACAAUCUCUCAUCCCCAGGGCGGUUACUUGUCUGCCAAACUCUUCAUCCCCCGUGACGUCUGGCGUGUGAAGAAUGUCAAGAUCAAGGCUGUAGAGGACAAAGUGUCCAACUGCGAUCUCCUGACAGCGGCUCUCCUCAAGCUGGCCCAGGUAGAUAUGUACGACGCGGAUGCCGUGCUAGAAGAAAUGCAAUCAUUCGAGAGCGUCCUGGAUCAGGUCCAAAUUGCAUUGUCGAAAAAGCUAGGCAACGAAGUUGGCGUUCACACCGCCAUUCCUUUGUUCAAGCCUAAUGCCUCUUUCGAUGAUUCUGCUCACUCCGAGCCGCCCUCCUCCAGAACUUCCGGUACUUCCAAUAAGUCGUACCGGCCGACGUGGAAACGUCUGCGAUCCAAGACCUCGGGUAUUGGCACUACCACCCCGACGGUCUCGACUCCUCGCGAUAGCAACAAGGAGCACUUGACUUUGAACUCGGUUCCCAUGACGGCGGCACCUGUUAGCCAGGCCCGGCGUAGUGUGACGUCGCUGGACUUUCAAGGACCGAACUCCCAUUAUAUGGGCGCAUUGGCGCGUCUUUUUGAUGCCGCUCAAAUACUCGAUCAAAUCGCCCAGCAAGUCGAGGACCCCGGGCUCAAGCACUCCUCUCCGACCCACGUAGGCCUGGAGCUAAGCACGCGACACGCAGCCGAGUUCUUCGGCUUCUACAUAUGUCGCUUCGCUCUAGCUGAUGUAGGUCUCAUGCUUGACAAGUUCAUCAAGCGCGGCAGUGAGUGGGUGUUGAUCUAGUCCGUCAUGCUAUGUUGUGUUAUGCGCCUCUUAUACCGGAGAAUGAUCCGUGCCUCCCUCCCAAUCCACCACCCUCUUCAUACACUCAUACUCAUCCCUUGUCUAUGUCCGUCCGCAAAGGAUCAGGCUUUCGUCCAACCCCCGAAUGCCUGAUCUAUCCAUCCUUCGCCCCGAUUUUUACCUGCCCAUAUUACUUUUGACGUCUAUAUACUACAUUGACUACCCGCCAUGUCUUUAAGAUACCAUGAUUGAUUCGCCUCGUUGAGAUAUGAUUUGAAGAACAUAAUUGCCAUUGUGAUGGGACUGACUGAAUUGUACUUACCUAAACCAUGGUUGUUUCUGUCUUUUUUUUCUCUAUAUGCCUCGCUUUCCGACUCUGCUAGUGCUACUCUCCUCAUCUCUCAUCCUAAAUCUCGAUCCUAACACCCCAUGGAUGGGAUUACAUCCCCUUUUCACCAUUCAGCUACGACUGCCCUUGAUUGUGAUCCCAUUCAAUUCUUUUCUUUCAUAUGAACAUUGGAUAGAAUAUAUACAUCAUGAG